GUAAAGUGAAACGGAGGUGUUACUAGUCACCUUGAUUCAGUUUGAUUCUUGUUGUUGGAUAGAUCGGUUCUCUCAAAUAAUACAAAAAAAAAGGCUAAUAUCAACUUGUAUAGUGUCGUCGGCUUAUUUGAUAAUCGAUUUUUGCAACACAAGAUCUUAUUCUUGUUAUUUUUUCAUUUCAAUUUCAAUUCAAAGUUAUAUUAAAUAGUACAUCGGAAAAAAAACAAAGAAGAGGUCUUUGAAUUUGUUUAAGGUUGAUCGGAAUUUUAAAUUGUGAUAGAACCUGGAAAAAAUAUUCAAGUGCCUUUUAAUCUAUAUAAUAAUUUAUUAUUUAUAUCGUUUGAUUUUGAAAACAAGAAAAUAACAAUAUGAACGAAUCAUGGCAUAUACCUCGCGCCUCUUUGGCUGGAUCGAGUGCUGCUACAUCGUCUUCGAACAGUAGCAAUAAGUCUCAUUCAAAUCCAUCGACAGUUUCAAGAAACUUUAAAAUUGCAAAUGAUUCAUAUGAUGGUAAAAAACAAAAACUACAGAACAUUGAUCGUCAUCGAAGAGCAGAAGAUAGCAAAUCAAUGAUGCUAUAUCAUCAUGGCCCAGGCACACAUCAUCAACAUCUUCAAAUUCAUCGUCAAGACGGACAUUGGGGUAGUAAAACAAGAACACCAACAAGUCGCAAUAAUGUUUCAAGUAGUAAUACUCAACCACCAAAAAGAGGAUCACAUUCGUCACAAGGAUCUAGUGAUAGCAACAAUAGUUCUCAGAGCAUAUCCUCAGGAUCUUUACUUUUAACUGCAGCUAAUCUAGAGCGUUUUGCUGAGAUUCACAAGAAACAAAACAAUUACAACAACAAUAACAAUAAUAACAACAAUCAUAAAGCAGAAUAUUUAAAUUCAAAUUAUAAUAUGAAUUUAAUGCUUGCUUCAAUGCCAUCAAGAAAUUUAUCAAAAGAUGCUGUCAUUUCAAUUGAACAAAAUUUAGAUUUUGUAAAAACCACCAAAGAUAUGGAUACAGUUUCAAUGGCCAGUUCAACGCAUUUUACAAUGGUCAAUGGCGAAGGCGGGCCAUCUAGAAAGACAACAGGAGGCAUUUGCAGUAGAGGCAAACAAGUCACUGUUUUAAUAACAACAAUGAGUUUGUUUUUCCUUUUAGUAAUAAUUGGCAUGGUUUAUGCUUUGGAAUUGAGAGCACGAGAAAUGCCAAAAAGCUAGCAAAAUUAAUUGUCUUUCUUUGAUGUUUGUAAAAAAUUUUAAAUGAACAUUGAACCAUCAAUACAUGAAAGUAUUUUUAUUUGUUUUUAUUUUUUUAUUAAUUUAAUUUGUAUGAAUUGUAAUAAUUGAUUCGUUAUCAUAUACGUACAACGUAUACGAAAAAAAAGUUCUAUUCUGCUAUAUGACUGCCACUGUAGUAGCAAUGGGAUUUCAUUCUCAAAAACCUGCAUCCACUUCGUUAUAAUUUAUUUUCCAGUGGAUUAAUUUGCCAUCGUUAACGUAUAGCAGAAUAAGAGACUUUUAUAUAUACAUGGCCCGCAAAAUUAAAACAAAAAACAAACAUAAUUAGUUAAUUGUAAAUUAUUAUCAUUAUUAUUAUUAUUUUUUUUAUUAUUUUCUUUUACUGUAAUUAUAAUUUAUUCUAACUUCAUUUCAAUUUAUUUUGAAAUUUUUAAUAAAAUAAGUCUCAUUUAAUUUAUCAUUUUUUAGAAUUUCGCAAUUGUUGUAUCAUAGUCAAAAACAAAAAAACUUACAAAUGAUAAAUCUAAUGUUAUUAUUAUUAAAUUUUUUGGCAAACAAAACUACAUAUACAUACUCGUACAUAAGCACACAAAUAUAAAUGUAUAAUAGCUAUUUGAAAAAACAAUAUUUUAAUAUGAUUAGAGGCAUUGUUUUUUUUUCAAAUAUAUUUUUAUUAAUUAAAAUGUAAUAAUAAAAUAUCAUUGGAGUAAGUACAGUUUACAAAAAAAAAGAAACUAAAUGUCACGUCAAAUAAUUAUAUUUUUAGUCCUGUGAUACAAAAAAAUAAUAAAUCAUAUUUUACUUAAAAGUGUU